AUGUUGCUACUCACUUUUGUUUGGAUUCUGCCGGUUCUGAACUUGCUCGUCCGGGGUUUUUCUCUGGAGGACGUGAGUGGUGAACUCGGUCCUCAGUUAUCCAAAUCAGCCUUGAUCACUAAAAACGGAGAAAAGUUCGCGAGGUGGAGUGAGUAUCACGCCCCAUCUCCCGGAGUUGUUGUUAGCGUGGCCAGCGAGGAGGAUGUGGCCAGGACGGUACAAUAUUGCAUUAAAUAUGACAUUCAGUUCUUUGCCCAGGCAGGGGCACAUGGGUUUACCACUACACUAGAUGUACCUCCUGAUGGGAUACUUAUCAAUCUCAGACAGUUGAACUCGGCCACUUUCAAUGAUGACAAGACAGAGGUCAUUGUUGGAGGCGGUAUCCUAAUAUCUGAAGUAAUCGAAGCUGCUUCUUCUAAUAAUGCCCUUGUUGCCACCGGAAAUUGCAACUGUGUCGGUGCUAUUGGAGCCAUACUAGGCGGCGGAUACGGUAAUCUGAUGGGUAUGUAUGGCUUCGGUGUUGACAAUAUUUUAUCCCUCAACGUCGUCUCCGGAGAUGGUAUCCUACAAACUGUAACAGUUGGCGAUGACCUCUUUUGGGCUCUCUGUGGUGCUGGCCCAAAUUUUGGCAUCGUCACCUCUGCAAGAAUGAAAGCGUAUCCAGUGGAACCAUCUGGGCAGUAUGCCUGGCUAGGUGCGCUCACCUUCACGGGAGAUAAAAUCCAGGCUGUCAUCAAAGCUAUUAAUGAGCUUACUCUAAAACCAGAGAUGAAUAUUUUCAUAUAUUUACUAGACGCCCGCGCUCCUGGUAAUAUGCCUACUGUAGUAGUUACCCCGUUCUACUAUGGUACAGAGGCUGAGGGACGAGCUGCCUUUGCAUCUAUACUUGACAUUGGCCCCACCCUUGAUACGACUUCCAGAACACAUUAUACUCAUUGGAAUGAUGGCGCUGAGAGCUCCUGCGUCAAAGGUGGCCGCAAGCCGUCGUAUUGUGCCGGUCUCGCUGAACUAGUACCAGAAACAUGGAAGCAGGUCUGGGACGACUAUGUGACCUGGGUUUCAUCAAACAACGGCAGCGCCCGUAACAGCACCGUUAUCCUGGAGGCAUACUCUAUGGGCAAAGCUCGGUCAUUCCCAACCAAUUCUUCUUCGGUACCUUGGAGAGACCGUAUCAGGUUCAAUGUUCUUAUAUUUCCUUGGUAUGAAGAUAAAAGCAUAGAUUCUGCUGCUGAAUUCUACGGCUUAUCCACUCGCCGCCUAAUUUUAUCGACGAGUAGCCUUGAUCCCCCAGCUACGUACGUCAAUUUUGCUUAUGGUGAUGAAGACCCCUCAGAGAUAUAUGGUCACCACCUUCCACGAUUGCAGAAGAUCAAAGCGGAACAAGACCCAAACAACAUCUUCGACCAGUCGUUUCAGAUAAAGACUGGCUAUUGA